GGAAGAGUGCGCGCGUGCGUGUGUGAGUUCGCAACAGGAGCAUGCAUUGAUCAUUCUCGGAGCACAGACACCACACAGGGUUCAACAUGAUCCGUUUCUAAUGCUGGGGCACGGUCAGAAUCAAGCCCCUUCUCACCCCAGAACACAGAUCGUGCAGCAACAACCCCGCCCGAACCCGGAGAUCGGGCUGGAUUCAGGCGGCGCGCGGAAGGACGGCGGAUUGAAAACAGCAGGGCGGCUCAAAGCGGGUGCACGCGCGUUUUAGAAGAGAGAGAGAGAGAGAGAGAGAGAGAGAGAGAGAGAGAGAGAGACUGCCUGUGCAUUAGGAGCCAUGAGAGAAUACAAAGUGGUCGUGUUGGGAUCCGGCGGCGUGGGAAAAUCGGCGUUGACCGUGCAGUUCGUCACCGGGUCGUUCAUCGAGAAGUACGAUCCGACGAUAGAGGAUUUCUACCGCAAGGAGAUCGAGGUGGACUCGUCGCCCUCGGUGCUGGAGAUCCUGGACACGGCGGGGACCGAGCAGUUCGCCUCCAUGCGCGAUCUGUACAUCAAGAACGGCCAGGGCUUUAUACUUGUUUACAGUCUGGUCAACCAGCAGAGCUUCCAAGACAUCAAACCCAUGCGGGAUCAGAUCAUCCGCGUCAAACGGUACGAGAGAGUGCCCAUGAUCUUGGUGGGGAAUAAGGUGGAUCUGGAGGGAGAGAGGGAAGUCUCUUCCGGGGAAGGCAAAGCCCUGGCGGACGAGUGGAACUGCCCGUUUAUGGAAACUUCAGCCAAAAAUAAAGGCUCGGUCGACGAACUAUUCGCAGAGAUUGUCAGACAAAUGAACUAUGCCUCGGCGCCAAACGGAGACGACCAGUGCUGCUCGUCUUGUGUUAUUCUUUAAAAAGAAAUACAUUUAUUACAAUUUUUCUUGUUAGCCAUGGUGAGUGAGCCACACGUGAAUAAUGCCUACGCAAGAUAAAAAAAUAAAAUAAAACAGAACUAACAUGUUUGCUCGAGGACAUAAACACCCACACAUCGCUUAUUUCUGGUGUUAACUGUCAUCAGUAUUCCUAUAAAGUGUCCUAUCAUGUCUUGCACACGACAAAAGAAUAUUGAAACCAGUGUUUACAUGACAGAAUACUUGAAUGUUCUGGGAUCUAGACAAACCUACACAUUAAAAUCACAGGCACUUGAGUUUUUUUCCUCAGACAUUGUCGCCAGGUGCCUAGCUGUGUGGAAUUGUCUUUUGCAACAAAAAAACGAGCGGUAGUAAUUCAUUAGUUUUUUUUGUUUUUGUUUGUUUGUUUGUUUUUAUUUUGUUGUGGAGGUGUGUUGCAGGACUGUACUGUUUAGCUUCGUGUCUCCCCCUGGCCUUGGCUUUUUUUGGAGUUCCUCGAGAUGAGGAGAAGACCCCCUGGAAUAGUGGAUGACUCUUCAGGAAUUUCGUUAGAGUUGGAGCAUCUCUGCAGCACACUGAAUGCACACCAUUGAUGUCAACACAUGUCGACGCCCGUUUCGGCUUGCACUCAUAACUGGAACUUAAACCCCAAGACGUGGACAACUGAGACACGGACGUUUCUAAAAGAGGAGUUUAGCGGGAAAAUUGGUAUAUUUUACAUGCUGCACAUGAUUUGGGUUGAAGGAGCGCUUGGACUUGGCAACCCGUGUUGUGAAUCUAAGUAUUGCGUCAUUUUUUGUUUUGUUUUAGUUUGCCGGCGGAUGUCGUCACAAAACACUUUUACUUGCCCCCUCUUCUCCUUUAGCGUGCGCGAGGACUUUACUGUCGUGACGUGAUGACGUCGGAGCUUACGUCAUCGCGUCGAGUGCCUUCCCAAAAGCUGUUCACGAGUUUAGUGCCAACGUGCAAGGGUCUGCAAGGAGUCUCAGUUCAUGGCAAUCCACAAAGUACUUAACUGUUACACUUUGCUUAUUGUUUUGGGGGUUAACAACGUUUAAAAAGCCUAUUUUCAAUGGAAUGGCAGAUCUCUUUUUUUUUUUUUUUUUUUUUGUUUUUUUUUUUUUUUGGCUUUUGAGUAAAAAUCUGUUUGGCUCUUUUCUCGAAACUGGUCUAGGUUCGGCCAAAUAUAGUUUUGAAAAACAGGUACUGCAGCCACCAGACUCAAAACCACAAACCACUGUCUCUCCAGACCAGUCAAAUCAGAUCUUUUUUGUUAUUUUGUUUUUAACAAAUGUGAUGUACCAUUGAAAUUCUAAUCCGAUUGUACGUUUAAUUUCAGACUAGCAUUUUAACAGCUGUCUGAUUGUUUUAAAAGAAAGACUUUUAAUACAAAUGGCAUUUAAAAAAAAAAAACCAUCCACAGUGUUUGCCCUCCUUUUGUAUGCUCAUAUUCAGGUACGGGAAUGUUUAAAAAUCUUGUGGUGAAUGUCCUCUGGUAUCUACUGCAGUCACAAAUUAGCUGCAAUGAAUGCAAAGCUACACUCCUUUCCUAUAUACUGCUGUUUCUCAGAUCGCGUAAACAAGCAAGGAACCUUGAGCAACUUCAAAUUAUGCUAAUUUGUGAUACUACUCUGAUUGACGGGUCCAGUCUCUUGGGACUGACCUUGUCUAAUGACCUUUGAUGAAACUAAACAAAUAAGGUGCGUUUGUGUAGCAUUUGGAUGGGACUUGGUUAUGAACACUCAAGGGUGGAGUUACAGUAAUGGGGUCAUGUAGCAGAAGCCGUGUCAUGUGACCUGGGCAUGCUUUGAGUUGAAGGAGGAGUGUCACAUUCCACAGCUGCAUUCUAGACUGUAUAUAUGAUAUAUUGGCCAGUGUGUAGGAAUUGAGAUAACUUCGAAGACUCUCACAUAGAAGUGGAAUGAUUUUGAUUUUUUUGUCAAGCAUGGGCUAAACUAGAUGUUCCAAUUGUGUGGUCAAGGUUUAGAAAUAGCAGAAGGUUCUAUGAUUUUUUUUUAUUUUUUUUUAGGUAAUAUUGCACAUUUCUUUGCUUUAAACCUCAGGAAUUUAAGGUAAAAGUGGCAGUUGUGUGCGUUUCAUCUUGGACGAGUCUGAAGUUUUCUUGCUGGGUGGAGUUGGAUCUUUUUUCUUUUAUAUGUGAUUGCUACUUGAGACUGUGGUAGAUGAAACAAUUUUUAUGUUUUCUGAAAAAAAAAAUCUGUUGUGCUUACCCGUGCAAAACUCGUCGCUAGGGCUGCAUGAUUUAUUGAAAUAAAAUUGAAAUCACGAUAUGACCUUGUGCAAUUAUUAAAACGCAAAGGGUUGCGUAUCAAUUAAAUAAAUAAAUAGUCUGCUGCUUGCUUCAAAGUUUAUGCGCACGGCCCUGUCCUGCCAGGAUUGUGUUGGUAGUGCAUUAUUACAGUGUUUUCAGAGCGGUUCUGUGCUCCACAACUCCAUCUUGUGCUCAGAGUAAAUAACAGAUGUGCUAAGUUUGGUUCUGUUUUUCUUACGGGCUCUGAGUGUGUUAUAUUCAAAGUGCUCUAGAAUCACUUAAAUUUCAUUUGCAUAAUUCCAAACAUGUUUGGCUGCUACAAGUUAAUAUACAAAUACAAAUAAUACACCCCAUGGCACUGGGUUUUUGUGGAUCGUCGAAGAGAAAACCUUAAAAUAAGGAGCACGUUAUACAGCUGUUGUGAAUUCAGCAACACACAGAAUCGCUUCCUGCAUUAUUCCACCAAAAUAAAAGUUUGACGGAUUGUAACUCUUUGGUUUAACUGGACUGCAGAGCAAUGCCCAGUACAAGUUAAGAGUUUAUUACAGAAAUAUAUUACUAUUGUAUAAUAAUAUUAAUAAUCAAAAUUAUAUUAUAAUAUUACUAUAAUAAACUAUUCAAGUUAAAGGGGUUCCAGAAAUAAUGAUGAUGAAUAGGCUGCGAUUCUUAUCACAAAGUGCCAAAAAAACAGGUACACAGUGGAGCGGUAUAAUGUGAAAAUAUUUUCUCUCUUUGUUUCACUUUUUUUUUUUUUAAGAGGACUCAAUUGUGAACCCUCAAAGAGUAGCAUAAUGGUGCGUUCAAAUUGUCGGAAUUACCGCAAUUUACAAAUUAAGACUUGUUAAAAGCAUUCACCCCUUUAUAUAACUCAUAAUUACAAGAUGUAAACUCGGAAUUCUAUAAAAGCUCUGACUUGACAGUCGUGACAUCAUGUAAAAAUUAAGCAGUUUGGCAGCGGCCUGAACAGUUCAAGAUAGUGAACACAUAUUUCUGUUUGAUAUGCCAUUGAUGCCUGCCCAAUGUUUUUGUUUCAAAACAUUAAGCAAGAAAAUAUAGAGGUGAAUUAAUGUAGUGAUAAACAUUUUGCUGUUAUCAACAACAAAGCCGUUUUGUGUGUAUGUAUUGUCAUAAAAAUUAAUAACUUACGAGGUCUAAAAACAUGAAUAGCUCCGAGUGGAAUCUACGAGUUGCCAUCUCAUAAUUACAGUAAUUCCGACAUGACGUAUUAUUUUCAGUAGACCAUGGAAAAAACUACUAAAUUUGGGUCAAAAGUAAUGCCUUACUAUUUUUUUUGUUUUGUUUUGUUUUCUUUAUAUCGCAGUUCAAGUCGAAAUCACAAUAUUUUUAAAAUACUCACAAUAUGACUUUUUCAGAUCAUGCAGCCCUACUCGUUGAUACAAUCCUAGGUUGUUGUGGGUGGUUUUUAGGAUGUUGCUAGGGCAUUCUGAGUAGCUGUUAGCUUGUUGUCAUGUGGUUGCUAGGUGGCUGCUUGCAAAGUCAAAAGAACCCACCCCCAAGUCUCUAUUAUUUUCUGUAUAUCGGCUCAGGUCCAUGGGAUUCAGACCAGAUUGCUUAGAAAAGUGAUAGCACACAUUUCCUCAUCAAGCCACAUGCUUUGAGGUAUAAUUUGUGUAAAUGUGUAGAACGAGUUACAUGCUAAAGUUUAAUAAUUAGGGUUAGAGGUUUGUUCAAAUCUCCUAACUCAAAGUAUGACCAAUAUCAAUAGUGACUACAAAUAAGUAUUGUGCAAUUAAGUCUAAAGCAUGUGAGCUCAGAAACACUAUGUUGGUCAGUGGUAUGCUAACCUUUAUCCUGCCUUUUGGUAGUCAAUAUUUUCGAUUGGAAAACCUUAUGCCUGUUUGCACUAUUAAUUUCCAUACACCAGAGGUGCCAAAUCUUUUUCUUACGAAGCCAAAAAUCAGACUUGAUUGAGGUGCGUGGGCUGAAAAUUGCAUUAUAUCAAGGUGAAUUAUAUUAAAAGAUAAAAGUUGCCCUGGUUCCCCUACUUUAUGAUUUCAUUAUAUAUAUAUAUAUAUAUAUCAGAAUCAGAAUAAGCUUUAUUGCCAAGUAUGCUUACACAUACAAGGAAUUUGUCUUGGUGACAGGAGCUUCCAGUGUACAACAAUACAAAAACAGCAACAAGACUUUAAAAAAAUAAUUAAAAUUGAAUAAAAAAUAUACAUAUUGAAAAGAAAAAAGUAUAUAUAGAAUACACACAUAGACAAUGUAUACAUGCAUACAUACACACAGACAUACACAUAUACGUACAUACACACACACACACACAUAUACACAUACAUGAAUACAUAUUCAUACAUACACAUACACCUACGUAGUGCAAAUCUAAAUACAAAUCGGUUAUGUACAGUGCAAGGGAAUGUAAUGGCAGAAGAGGUAGGAUGUGUUGGAUAAUAUAAAAAGACUAAGCUGUGUAUUGCACAUUAAUUAUUGCUCAAAGGGGCAGUUUAAACUGUUCAUGAGAUGGUGCUCAGAGCUCUGAAGCGUAGGCCAGAAGGCAACAGUUCAAAAAGGUAGUGGGCAGGAUGAGUGGGGUCCAGAGUGAUUUUUCCAACCUUUUUCCUCACUCUGUAAGUGUAUAGUUCUUGAAGGGGGGGCAGGGGGCAACCAAUAAUCCUCUCAGCAGUCCGAACUGUCCUUUGUAGUCUUCUGAUGUCUGAUUUCGUAGCUGAACCAAACCAGACAGUUACUGAAGUGCAGAGGACAGACUCAAUGACCGCUGAGUAGAACUGUAUCAGCAGCGCCUGUGGCAGGUUGAACUUCCUCAACUGGCAAAGGAAAUACAACCUCUGCUGGGCCUUUUUCGCAAUGGAGUCAAUGUGGGUCUCCCACUUCAGGUCCUGUGAGAUGGUAGUGCCCAGGAACCUGAAUGACAGCCACAGUGCUGUUUAGAAUGGUGAGGGGGGUCAGUGUUGGGGCGUUCCUCCUAAAGUCCACUAUCAUCACUGUUUUGAGCGUAUUCAGCUCCAGGUUGUUUUGACUGCACCAGACAGCCAGCUGUUUAACCUCCCUUCUGUAUGCAGACUCAUCGUCAUCUCGGAUGAGGCCGAUGACAGUGGUGUCGUCUGCAAACUUCAGGAGCUUGACAGAGGGGUCCUUGGCGAUGCAGUCAUUGGUGCAGAGGGAGAAGAGUAGUGGGGAGAGCACACAUCCAUGGGGGGCACCAGUGCUGAUUGUACAGGUGCUGGAAGUGAAUUACCCCUGUCUCACAAGCUGCUGCCUGUCUGUCAGAAAGCUGGUAAUCCACUGACAGAUAGACGUGGGAACAGAGAGUUGGUGUAAUUUAGCCGGAGAAUAGCUGGGAUGAUGGUGUUGAAAGCUGAACUGAAGUUCACAAAAAGGAUCCUUGCAUAUGUCCCUGGUCUGUCCAGAUGUUGCAGGAUAUGAUGCAAUCCCAUGUUGACUGCAUCAUCCACAGACCUGUUUGCUCGAUAAGCAAAUAGAAGGGGAUCUAGAAAGGGUCCAGUGAUGUCCUUCAGGUGGGCCAACACCAGUCUCUCAAAUGACUUCAUGACCACAGACGUCAGGGCGACAGGUCUGUAGUCAUUAAGUCCUGUGAUUUUUGGUUUCUUUGGGAUGGGGAUGAUAGUGGAACGUUUGAAGCAGCAUGGGACUUCACACUGCUCCAGUGAUCUAUUGAAGAUCUGUGUGAAGAUGGGGGCCAGCUGGUUAGCACAGGAUCUGUGACAUGCGAUCCGCUCUGAACAGCUGAAAGCCCGGCAGAUGUAACGCGCUGUCCAGAAUGGCUUCACUCAGCCAGGUUUCUGUGAAGCACAAGGCAGCAGAGGUUGAAAAGUCCUUGUUUGUGCGGGUGAGGAGAUGUAGUUCGUCCAUUUCGUUAGGAAGAGAGCGGAGAUUUGCAAGAUGAAUGAUCGGCAGCGUUGUUCGAAAGCCCCGCCGACGGAGCUUGACCAGCGCGCCUGCUCGUCUCCCUCGCCUGCGUCUCAUAGCACGUUUAAACAACACAGCCGUGCCUCUGACUAAAAUGUCAAACAAAAUGUCUGAAUAUUCAAAAUCCGGGAAAAGAUUGACUGGUAUAUGCUGUCGAAUGUUCAGCAGUACGUCUCUGGUAAAACUGACUGGGAAAAGAUUACUAAACACAGGACAAACAAACAAAAACAACAAAACAAUAGAAGCGCUCCACACCGAGGCGGCCAUCCGCGGCGCCAUCAUGAUGUAUAAUUUCUAUAUAUAUAUAUAUAUAUAUAUAUAUUAGAUAAUAUAAACAUUACUCUGCAGUCUUCUUAACUUAUGCAAUGAAGAGAUGCGUCAAUGGCAAAAAAAGAAUAAUAAUAAUUCUUUUAAAUUUUUUUUCAUUAAAUCUGGCAAGGUGGGGUCAUCACAGUCCCUGGUUUGGGCAUCUCUGCCAUAGACAGUUCAAUAACGGUCUGUGUUUGGUAACUUAAUUCACUGUGGCCAUUUUUAAAUGUCCCGUUUAGAGGGGAAGUUCUGAAUGCGUAGGCCUAUUUUUCUGUUUGUUUUUCUUUCUCUUCACUCAUUAUUUUGCCAAGAUGGUGAAAGUUUCGCUUCCUCGACAGUUUGCCGACGUGUGUGUUUUUAUAUGUAUAUACAUAUUCUCUCUGACUAACAGGAAGUGUUUGUCAGCUGAUUUGACUAGUUAGUGUCGGUGACUGAGCAGUAACAGGUCUUCUAGUGUCUGUGUCAUAUGAUCUUGUUGUCAUGGAGACAGUAGCCUGGGGACUUGCUAUGUGAAGAAUGUAUGUUUUAAGGGGAUUAAGAGCCACCAUAUGACCCUGAUUACUAGGCCCUUAAGACUGCAGUCCUGUCUCUAUUGAUUCUUCAUUGUGCCAUCCUUGCAAUGCAGUGUUGUUACCGAAUGACAAUGAUUGGCUAAGCAUUUAAAAGUAGCUCUUGAGCACCAUAUAUUGCAAACAUGCACAUUUUACAGUCUAAUUUCACUUAUUUCAGACAAACUGGCUUUGAUGCAGAGCCUAUUGAUUUAUGUGCCAGGCAUUAUGGUCGUUUUUAUUGAUUUGUGUAUUUUCAUGUUUAAGAUGUGGAGCUCUAAGUGUGCUGGCUCAUCAUAUCAGUUUAAGUGCCAUAGUGAUUGUGCUUUUAGACCUUUGUAAUUCUGUGCCAGCCCUCUGUUGCACGAGAUUGUUGCAAGUGUGUUAAAGGAAGUAUUGUGCCACAGCUUGUGUGAAUGUGGGUGGUGUGAUUUUUGUGUGUGUGUGUGUGUGUGUGUGUCUGUUCGAGUGUGCCUGUGCUCAGUUGACUUUUUUCAGGCUUUCUUUCCAUAGCAGUCUUGAUAACCAUCGGAGUUCGAAAUUAAAGAGUUUCUUUUGCCCUCUUUAGAGAACUUUAAAAGGAACAGUUCACCCAAAAAUGAAAAUUCUGUCAUUUACUCCAUGUCAUUCCAAAUCUGUAUGCUGUUAUUUUCUAUUUGGAACACAAAAGUUAAAUUUUUUGAUGAAUUGUUAUGCAGCUCUUGCCAUACAAUGACAGUUCAAGGAUCAGGUGCUGUCAAGUAAGUAAUGACAGAAUGUAAAUUUUUGGGUGAACAGUUUCAUUAAUUGCCUUUUAUAUUGGGUUUACGCAGUCUUGUAUUAUGAAACCAAUUCAGCUCCGGUCAUAAUAUGAGACACCGUAAAAGGUUUCCCUUUGUAUUAAUCAUUGAAACCUGUUUUCCCUAUAUAAUUGAGCGUUAUCCUGUCUCAUCUGGUAAGUGAUGCGGUUUGGGUUACAUCCAGACAUGAAGACGAACCUAUUCCACCCUUCGUUUAAAUUAUUCAUCCCUAAGGUGUGGUUUCAUCCAGAGUGUCACAGGAGCGAGAUAAUUGGAGGGGUGUGCUGAUGCCAGAAAGCCAGGACAGAGAGUGAUCGAGGCAGCCAUGCCUACAGGCACAGCUGUGGCUAGUUCUGGGAAUACCCUCAGAUUCCAGUCAUUUUUCUCAUUCCUGCUGCUGUUCAGUCCGGGCUUGUCUGAGUCCCUGGUGGUAAAGGGCUUUCAUAUGGAAGUGAACAGAAAGACAGGGAGAGGGGCCUGUUUAAACUACUGGAUUAUAAAAUGUCUUUUGUAUAUAGUGGGGUCCAGAAGGCUGGAAUCACAUGGAAAAUCAGAUUUUUUUACUACUUUCACCCAUUUCAACUUGGAAAUAUAUUUUUUAGGAUUUUGAAAAAAAUGUAAAACAAGAAAAAGUUACGACAAAAAAUAUUGAAGAUUGUCUUGGUCAUCAUAUGUAAUCAAAUUAGUGACCAUAAUAACACUUUUGUAGCAAAGGUCAGAUUUCCUUGCUUCCAUUCAAGCACAUUAGAUGCUCUUUGGAACAUUCUUAAAUCAAUAUGGGCAGCCUGAUCUCAUGAUAUCAUUAUGUGACCAUGGCAACAUUUUUGCUAAACGGAAUUAUGUGCUUCAUUACACGUUUCGCUGCAGUUUCCCAGUGAAAUUUCCAGCGGGGGGCACCAAAAGUGAGUGAAAUGGUGUGGAAAUGAGACAAGGUUUUAAUGAGUAAAGCGCACCUCCCUAACCUAGAACUUUAACAUAAACCUAACCAGUAGUGUCCCAAAAGAAAAUAAGAGGUGAGCAAAACAGACAUCAUAACCCUAAACCAACACCUAAACUUAUCCAAUAAUGUCUUAAAGGUAAUAAAAUAAAAUAGAGGCACAUUUUCUGAAGCAACCAUGGCAUUUCGUGUCUCUUCUAUGACACUUUCAUCUCACGUGUUAGCUCGUGUGAUUGGCUGGGCUUAAACCAGGGUCUUCCGAGUCCAAAGUCCAACACUCUCUCAGGUGAGCUAAUGCGGAAACAAAUCACGUUGGAAUAAGUGUGUAAAUGUAGGUGGGUCUUAAAUGCAAGCGUUAAAAUGUGUCGUUUAACAAAUGAUGCGUUAUAGUAAACGUGUAUCGAUAACACAAGAUAGCACUGUGUGAGUAAUAGUGCAAAAAAAAAGUCGAAUAUCAGCCAUUGUAUUCAUGGUUUUUGUGAAAGUGAAUAAAAUGUAAAAAUGUCAUCAGGAAACUGCGGCGAAACAGAACGCAGCACGUAAAAAUUUUUCAUUUCAGCUUUUUACUCAUUGUUAUGCUAGAAUUUAUAAUGAAAAAUUAAGUCUCCUACUUUUGGGCCCACCUGUAUGCAUGGUUCCCAUGGUCUUGGAAUACCUGAAAAUAUCGAUAUUUUCAGGCAUGGAGCAGUCAUGGAAAUUUCUUUAGUAAAUAAACAUUUUUGUAGUUUUUCCUCUGCUCUAAAAUAUUUCAUUUGCUAUAAAUUGUGAGUGUGAUCUCUAUCAAACGAUUUCUUCUUAUUAUUAUUAUUAUUAGUCCUAUCCAGUAAUCUGAAUAGCUGGAAGAAAAUCAUGGAAAAGACCUUUGUUGAUAACUGGAUUGUGUUCAAGAUAUUCAAAUGACACUUUUUUAUAUCUAGCUUUUAGAAUAUUUUGUACAAUAUAGCAAAGUGCUUUCAAAGUAACUCUUUUGAUUUAUUGACGUUUCUGUAAACAUUUGUGUUGCUGACAUUUGUUUCUUAUUUUUAUUUUUAACUUUACAACAAUGGCUAUGUACAGUAUACCAAGAUACAUCGGUUAUGACAUGAAGACAACUAGUGGUCGACCGAUACAUUGCAGAAGCCGAUAAAUUGGCCGAUUUUCUUACUUUUUUUAAUUAUCGCAUUGGGCGAUUUUGUUUCUUGAGGUCGCCAAGAAUCUCCUGCUUGCAUGUGAAACGACUGAGACAUGUAUACGACCAGUCACGGUUCGUUUUGUUGUUAUGUUCCAUCGUGUUACUACAAUAAUAGACCAGUGUGCAACAUAGUCUCAUUUAAAUGGUCCGCAUAUCAGAGCCGCAGCAGACUUGUUUCAGCUCAUAAUGUUAAAGUGGUUGCCUGUUUCAUUCUCCCUCUCUCUCCUCAACAGUUGAACUUGUAACUUUUAACUGUCUUGUCUAAUGAUAAAAGGCAAAUAUCAAUAAAACUAAUAUCAUUUACCAUCUGCAAAUAUGUGCAUAUCUCGUUUAAAAAGAUGUAAUUCACAAACCUCACGAAAUUCCUCUGUUGCACGUAUUCUAUCGGCCAGAAUCAAAACUUCAAGAUCAGGAUCAGAAGUUCAUCUGAUUCACAAAUCAUGAUGGUCAGUCCAUGACAAUUGUAGCAAGCGAUCCAGGUCGUUUAAACCGUCAGGAGAUUGCUGCUCGCGCUUGAUCUGCACAAGCGCAUGAGUGCAACUUCAAAGUCAAAGCGCUUAACGUGUGCUAUGAGUCUUAUUCAUUAUGCACUGUAUAUACAAUUGGUUUGAUUCAGUAUUUCUGGAGAAAAUGCGAUUGCUUACAUGGACAUGCCAUCCAUGGUUGCUGGACUACUGUGUGUACUGUCAUUUCUUAUUAGCUAUUUCUUCAUGUGCAAAUAAAUUACUAAAAUGUUAUGUCUAAACAGAAAUCAGAAGAAACUGCUAUCUACCAUUUAAAAUGCAAUAUUUUUUCGAUUCUUUUUUUACGAAGUUAUAGUUUUGUGUGAAAUUGAGUAAAUAAAGUGCUAAAUAAGAGUUAGAUGUUUUUUUAUUUAUUUAUUUUUAGCAAUUUUAUGUUUAUGAUAUUUACUAUAUUAAAUUGUGUUGUAUAUCGGCCUAUUGGCCACCCUUCCCUCUGGAUAUCGGCAUUGGCAUCAUCCAUUAAAAAAACCCAUAUCGGUUGACCACUAAAGACAAAGUGGUAUGAUGGAAUUAUCUGUAGCAACCUCCAGUCUCAGGAAGUUCGCCAUGCUAAACACAUGGCUUGCCCUGAGGCCUUAGGUCAUGUGACCUGCUUCCUUCUUACAGUGACUGGGCAAAAGUGAGCUCAGUACAGAGACUACAGUCUGACAUGCCAUGACAUGCCUUGAAUCCUGUGCCCCUUCCCACAGCCUAAUUGUUCCUUAAAAGUUUUCUUUUGAAAAUUGUGUACGAGUCACACAUUUUCCUCCCUUAAUCAGCACAAAAAAUACAGAUUCCAUCUGGGCCUAGCAAUUUGACUACAAUGUCAUUGUAAUGUUCUUUAGAAUUGUCUGUAUGCUAUAAUUGAUGGCUGUUUGUUUGUUAUCUGUAGUCAGAGAGCUCACAAAGCAGGUUCCAGUAAAUACAGAAGUAUUCAUAUUAUGCAGUACAAGUCUUUCUUUUGUUCAGCCACUGCCAGGAAAGUAAGUGAAAGAGUAUAGACAGGCUAAAAAGAGAUACAUGUCUCUCUUCUUGUCACUUUGGUCCCCCUCUCACUUCUUUACAGCAAAAAUGAGUAUGUUUAUGCAAUAGCGCUUUCGUAAACCUCCUGUUGAAAGUUCACAUCUAGAUUCUCUUGGGAGAAAGUUUCUCUGAAGCCAGCAUUUGUUUUCUUUAAGCCUCCUUGUGUAAAUGUUAACCGCCUGAGAAAGUGAGGAUUUCAGUGAGAUGUUUAUGCUCAUACAAGCAGUUUCUCAUUUUUGUAGAGCGGUGAGGUAAACGCAGGCAGGCCUGUAUCCUGUGGGCAGUGUUUUGAGUGAUUUGGGUUGUGUGUUUGCGCAGGGGUCAUUAUCUGCUUCCUUUUCCCUCUCUCUUUUCUCCUUCUGUAUCACUUCCAGCAGAAGGUCUGUCUUCUCACUUUGCAGAUUCUGCAUUGUCUCUUGCUCUUGGGGAGAAUUCACAACCCAUAGAGUCUUCCAGUGACCUAUAUCUCUGAAGUCACAAAGCUUAGUCAUUGUGCAUUGUACCACACAUACCCCACCCCACAGGUAUGUGACUUAUUAAAUUGCUCACAAUUUUAGGUGCAAGUAGUGACGAGGGGGAAAAAAAGCUGUCAGUGUUGCCUACUGUUGGGACUUUUAGUCCUGUUUCUAUAGAGAAAGGAUCCAAUGGUGUAUUUAUCAAAAUAAUUAACCUUAUUUUCCCUUUGAAUUCUUUAUAAUAUGUUUGGAUUACAUAUUCAUUGUCAGUGUAACAGUUUUUAAUAAGGAAGUUUUAUGCAAGUUCUUACUAUGAGAAUCAGUGCUUAAGAUAGGAAAAGUCAAGAAGUAUCAACCUAAUAUUUUAGGUAACAGAAUAUGAGGGCUUCGAUCCAAAAAGUAAUGAAGGGGUGGAGAACAUUUUUUAGUAGUGACCAACAAUGUUCCCUUGGACCUUUACUUUGUCUUUGUUUACAUUUUUUAUUUUGUAAAAAGACAUUCAGCAAACCUAAUGGCAAAUGCAGUACAGAAGUUCAGUGCAGUGAACCAAUAUGAAUCAGGUUUCAGCGCAUUGCAUAGUGACACAUAUAUUAUUCCUGUUGUCUCUGUGACAUGAAUAAUGUAAAAAAAAAAAAAAAAAGAAAUCAUGAAGGAUAUUUGAUGCAUUGUAUUUAGUUGACUACAUUUAGUUGAUUUUUUUAAUCAAUUAGAUUCAUUUGUCAUACGGUAAGAUUAGGAAAAGUGAACCCCAUAUUUCAAGUAUGUUUAAGGAAUAGUUCACACAAAAAUUAUCAUUCUUGCAUUAUUUAUUUACCUUUAUGCCAUCUCAAACUCAUAUGACUUUCUUUCCUCUGCGGAACACAAAAAACAUUUUAUUUUAUGGAUUUAUUAUGUGUUUUUGUCCAAGUCAGUGUGGUCCAAAACAUUCAAGCUCUGUUUUCUUGCUCUGCACAUGCAUUCUAAGACCCGUUUACACCUGGAAUUAAGAUGCGUCUCUGGUGAUCCGAUCACAUGGUGAUGAGGCACAUCACUGUUUACACCUGGUAGUUUAAAUGCGUCUUCUGUGACCACUUUGGUUAUGGAGGGGAGGGACUCUGUUUCAUGACGACAUACAUCGAUCACUGUGUCUGUGUGUUACUGCAUGACAUUAAAGCACAACAAAUUCAGAAAAGACAAAGCAAAAAAAAAAAAAAAAAACUGCGUGCUAUUUCUCCCAGAUUCAGCUGAAGUUUAAU